AUGGCCCCGAGUCAGCGCCCUCUAUCUGAGCUUAGCCCAGUGGCUCACAAGCGCAACUCUCCCAGCUGGAAGGAUCCGGCGAGCAAUGAAUCAUCGCCAUUUGAAAAUUCACCAAUAAAUAAUCCUACCUCUCCACGACGCUUCUGGCAAGGUCGUGACCCCGGGUCCCCAUACAGGGUGGCCCAUGAAAACACCGAUCCAUAUGAAGGGUCCUCGAUGACUUCGUCUCCGAGUAAACGAUCCUCAAUUGAGAAUUUGAUGCGCGCUUCUCGUGUUAAGAAUAGCAGCAUGUUUGCGAGAGAGCAUAAGCAAGAAUAUGAUCCCAGCCACAUCCAAGUUUUGGAGAGGCCUCUAGCAGGUGGCAGACCUCUCAGCCGACAAUUUCAAAACAGCCAAGAAGGAACGAACCAGGUUGAUGCCCGUCGUCAGCUUCCAUCACAAACUGGAGGAUUUAGAAAUAGCGGCGAGGGCAUGGGGACGCCACCAGCUACAUCCAAGACCGGAGAUGACUCUAGCUCGCCAAUAAAAUCGCCUUCAUCCCAAUCCCCGGGUAAAUCCUCCUUGUCUAGAGGGAGCCGGUUUGGAAGCCGAUCAGCCAUAUUCGACCCACGACGCGAAAUUUGGUCCGAUGAAGGCGAUGAGAGUAGAGUGAGUAUGAAUUCCGAAGGUUACAGCUAUCACCGCCAGACGAAGAGUGUUACAUUCGACGCCGCUCCCCCUCAAGUCAAUGAAUACGAAAUGACGACACCAGUUCCUUCAUCAAUAGCUAGCUCACGCGAAGGGAGCUAUGAAGAUGCUAGUAAUGAAGAUAGCUUCGACCACGGUUAUUCUAUGGAGAUUGAGGACAGCUUUGACGCGUCCCUUGAAGAUACAGAUAAAACGCCAGUGGUUCUUCCAGACGAAUGGCGAUACAUGAGCCCCGCCAGUGCAAACGAUGAUGCAGCAGGCAGUGAUGAUGACCCAUUUAGUGACGACUUUGGAAGCCCAGGGCCUGAUAUCAGACCGAGCUCCAGAGAUUCUACCCCGUUCAAGAAUCGAAUCGAAUCCUUGGAUUCUAACGGAGAGCGUCGACCACUUCCACCUCUCCCUCCAUCCCAAGCGACUCCUCAGGCGUCCCGCAGCUCACCCAGCCCCGGUUUAACCGCAGCCUUUGAGCGUGGGAGCAGUGCUCAGCGUGACAUGCCACAGCCUCUCAGACCCGCUUCAUAUUCGAAAGCCGAGAUUAGUGGCACAGGUCGCAACUCUCUGUCGCUUGAAGAUCGCUUGAAAUUGAUGAUGGCAGGCGACCAUAGCCAUCAAUCUGAUGCUGAAACCCAGCGUGAGAGACGAAUGAGACGCGCUGGAGCAAAGGAACGAAGUGUUGAACGCGAAUUGGAACGCAGCCAUCUCUCAGAAGACCAUGAUGAGUCCACUGCCAUUGAGUCACCACGGAUUUCACGUGAGUCGAUUUUGAAAAACAUGAAAAACGACCAGGAUGCUUCUAACGAGCAGCCUGACUUCGGUGAUGUGUCACACAACUCUGGGACGUACAAUGCAUUGACCUUCGACCCGGAUGUCCCAAUCCCUUCUCUUGAGACUGACCAGCCCAUCGAAGAUGAAACAGUCAUCAUUAAAGACGAGGAAGAUGAAGAGGAUAUUGAUCUUUAUUCUGUCCCUAGCUUCACUGCGGACGAUACCAAUGAGGAGACCGAUCACGCUGAGUCUCAACACCUCAUCGCAGAUGAUUCUAGCAGCCGCUAUUCUUACACUUCCAAGGAUGAUGUGCAAACACCUCCAGAGGCUUCGCGUAGCUUUGAGAUGGAAUCUUCCGAGCUAACUCCAACCAAGACAGCCCAUUCCCCUCGUUAUUCGGAACAUGAUUUACUUGCAUCCACCCUUUCGGGCACUAAUGGAGAUCACCAAUUCGAUAUGCAGUUCAUGUCCUAUAUUGAUCAGUCCACACCUCCUGCUGAAGAGCAACCUGGCCAAACUUCCCGCCUUGACUUUACAUCCAUCCGCGAGUCUCUCAACCGUCCAGGUACCCCUGAUUCCGUUAUCCGUCAUCCAGUCUCGCCAGAGGAGUCGCCCGACAGGUCGCUUAUUGUCCCUGAACCAAUUGCCACUAUCAAAGCGCCUGGAGGUACUUAUAAGACACGAACCUCAUUGACCCCAGCUGAUGCGAGCACCAUGGCAGCAACUCGCCGUAGGGUUAGCGGCCACGAUGUUCCAGUUUCGCCAAUUGAGGAAUUCACGCCACGUCUACCCCAGCUCGACAAGUCUCUCCAUGAGGAGACUGGUGAAGCGGACGCUUCUGCGGAAACCAAGACCACGGAAACACUGCCAUCAUUAGAAAAGAUGCGAAUCAGCUCACUUGUCAAGCUUGACAUCCCUAUGGAUUCAGGCAAUGAUGGUUUUGGUCUAGAUGCCGAAUUCGAUCGCGUUAUGGAGGCUCAAAAGGUAGCAUUUGAUAUUCCUUUCUCUCAAGUCUCAACAUACCCAGUAUCGAAAACAGACAACCAGACACAAGACACUUUGCGUUAUUCCACAUAUGAACAUACAGCUGACACAACUAUAAAUAAACAGAGAGGCUACCUAAUGAGGCAAAACACGAAAGUGGUAGUUGCCAGCAGCCACCCAGAUGACGAGUCGACCAGCGGCAAUACCCAAUCCCUAACCGCGCCAAACUCUCCUAGAAAAGGUAGCCAGCAGACAUGGACGACUGAGCCAUGGACCACCAAAUCGAGGCGCCAAAGCAUUAAAAUUGCAGGAGCCAUGCCUCGAAAGAAGAUUGCGAAUGAAUCCGUUCCUCCCUUGCCAGGACAAGAGAGUAGUAUCAAGGAAGCACCGAACGCGGCCGUGGAAGCUGAAGCUGAAACUGCAGAUGCCGUAGAUACCGCUGAUACCACUGAAGGAGAAGGUGACCGCGGAAGAUUGUUCGUCAAAGUGGUGGGCGCGAAGGACUUGGAUCUUCCCCUCCCUAGAGGUGAACGAUCCUAUUUCUCGCUCACACUUGACAACGGGUUGCAUUGUGUUACAACAGCGUGCCUGGAAUUAGGCAAAGCAGCCCCUAUUGGACAAGAGUUCGAACUAGUCGUGAUGCAAGAGCUUGAGUUUCAAUUAACUCUGCAAAUGAAACCGGACCAAAUCAAGCCCAAGCCGCAGCCGGUUCGGCCCGCUUCUCCAGCUAAAGCAACUAAACCACAGAAAGCCUCUACCUUUAGCCGCGUUUUUGCCUCUCCUAAGAAACGCCGAGAGAUGGAACUUCGUCAACAACAAGAGGCACAACAACUACAGAAAAGACAAGCCGAAGAAAAGGCUCUGGCCAAUAUUGUCGAUCCGUGGGAGAAAAUUCGCAAGGUUGUUGACAAAGACGGAAGCUUUGCACGUGCUUAUGUCUCGCUCGCCGAUUUUGAAGAGCAGGCAUUUGGUCGCCCGCUCACCGUUGAUGUAACAUGCUUCAACGAAUGGGCAGUCGAUGAAACUGUGAGCAGUGUGAAGAGCAAACGUAGCACCGGAGCUACUGCUGGUUCAGGAACUCCACGUCGACCACCUUACAAAAUUGGCACCCUAGAGCUUCAAUUGUUGUAUGUUCCAAAGCCCAAAGGCGCAACUGACGAUGAUAUGCCCAAGAGCAUGAACGCCUGUAUCCGAGAAAUGAGAGAAGCCGAUCAUACAGCUUCAAGAUCCUGGGAAGGAUUCUUGUCCCAGCAAGGAGGCGAUUGUCCUUACUGGCGUCGUCGUCUAUUCAAACUGCAAGGAUCUAAAUUGACUGCAUUCCAUGAGGUUACUCGUCAACCUCGCGCCACCAUCAACUUGGCAAAGGCUAUGAAGCUGAUUGACGACAAGUCCUCCCUUACUCAGAAAGAGACCUCCGCAAAGGGUGGCCGAAGACGCAAAUCUGCCUUUGCUGAGGAAGAGGAAGGAUACAUGUUUGUUGAAGAAGGCUUCAGAAUUCGCUUCGGUAACGGAGAGGUCAUUGACUUUUACGCCGACAGCAGAGUCGAAAAAGACGGCUGGAUGAAAGUUCUCGCCGAGACCGUUGGAAAGGGUUAUGCCUCUGGAAGCGGCCAAGUUAAGCCUUGGACUGAACUCAUUCUCCGCCGCGAGAAGAAUCUCAACGCCAACAAGCCAUCACACGAGGAUAAAAUGACCUCUAGGCAUUCAUAUGCGCCUCCGCCUCCGCCAAAGGAGCAACAUAUAGCUCAGGCUGCUCGACCAACUCCCUCAGGCGUUCCACGCCCUAGACAUCAACAUCAACUAUCACAGCCCAACAUUAGUGCGCAAGAGGCUCGACGCCAAAAGACUCGAUCACUUAUCUUCUAA